UUCCCCCAGUUAAAUAUAUUUUUAACAGGAAUGUGAAAUGGGAAUAGGAAGAUAAGCCUCUACUGUAUAGAAAAAAACGGAAUAGUUCACAUUAAAAGAGGUGCAUUUAGCUAUAAUUCAAAAAGUCUUGUGAUAAUGAGAGUUUUAUAUUGUUUUAAGCAUGAAAAAACCUAUGUGUGCUGUAAGAAAUAGGGCUUAACUUUGUCAAAUCAAUGAACUACCUCAAUGGCAGGGUGUCUUUUCUGUUGAAAAAUGAAAUAAUAUGCUGGAGAAUUGUAUGGCUACAUUGCUGUAGAAGUGUAGAAUUGUCUCUUUCACAGUUUUCUAUUUGCAUCAUCUUGGCAGGAAAUGCAUGUUCAGUGAUCGUCAUAUUUUUUUUUCUUCUUCAUUUGAAUGAACUGCUAGGGUUGAGCAAUGGACCAUGCACGGACAAUUUACCACACAUUUAUUUAGUCGUUUUCAUGGUUGUUUUCAUGAACAUUUUUAACAUUUUAUUUACAUAUUGCAUUGCGUAUGCCCUACUUAGUGGCUUAUUGCAUGAAAAAGAAUCAUUGAAGAUGAACACAGAGGAAAAACAAGAGCUCAAGUCAUCACAAGAUGAAAUGAUGGACGUUAGCAGCGCCGUGACAGAUGAGAGGCCACGGGCAGAGGAGGUGGAGAGAGGAGAAGGGGCAGGGGAGAGACAGGGAGAGGAAGAGGAGGCCCCAGGGAAGACCUCAGAGAGUGGAAUAGAGUACUCAGAACCCACAGGAAACGAGGGAAUGACAGAUGGGGUUCCUGUGAAAACUGAGAAUGAAGAGUAUGACGACAAUGACGAUCAGUACCCCAAGAGUGAAGAAGGUGAACGAGACAAUUACCUUUAUGAAGAAGAGGAAGAGGAGGAGAAGGAAAGGGAUGAGGAAGACGAAGGAGAAGGGGAAGGGGAGGAAGAGGGGGAAGCCGUUAACGAACCACAGGACCUGUCUCUGGCAGAUUAUGUAAAGUAUGAGAGCACAGGCCCGCAGGACGCCCACACCGACUCCUCGCCGUACGCAGCAGAACCCCGCAGCCAGGCAGCAGGCAAGCUCAACUGUGACAUCUGUGGCCUGUCGUGCGUCAGCAUCAAUGUGCUGCUCGUGCACAAGCGAAGCCACACCGGUGAACGUCCGUUCCACUGCAGCCAGUGUGGCGCCUCCUUCACCCAGAAGGGAAACCUGCUUCGCCACAUCAAACUGCACUCCGGGGAGAAGCCCUUCAAGUGCCCGAUGUGCAGCUACGCCUGCCGCAGGCGAGACGCCCUCAGCGGACACCUGCGCACACACUCAAUAGAGAAGCCCUACAAGUGCAACCACUGCGGUCGCAGUUACAAGCAGCGCAGCUCCCUUGAAGAGCACAGAGAGAGGUGCCAUGUGUACAUCCAGAACAAAGGCAACGCUGAGAGAGCCGGUGAGGACACCCACGUGUCCAGGACUACUCACAUGGGCACGGAGCGCGCUCUGCUACUGGACAGAUUGGCGAGCAACGUGGCCAAACGCAAGAGCUCUAUGCCACAGAAGUUCACUGGGGACAACGGCGUGUGUCUGGACCUGAGCUUCAACAGGGAGCUGAUCCACCGCUCUGACGUCAUGGACCCUCCGCUCACCUCCCCAGGAUCCGAGAACCACCACAGCCACCAGCCCCUCUACACAGGCCAGGACCCUGACUCUGCCUCCCCCCACAGGGCCUACCCCAUCCCCCUGAGCCGCGCUGACAUGAGCCCCCUGGCCCUCACCAAUGGUCACAAGCUGGAGCAGCAGCAGAGCACUGGUCUCGCCUACCUGCCCCGGCCCAGCCAGGGCCACCCUAGCAUGGACACACUCCACGCCGAUCGGGCCCAGCUCUCCCAGCCUCUCAUCUACAGCCUGGGCCACCUGCUGGGGCCCAGUCCCCACAACAGCCUCCCACGCCCCCAUAGCCAGGCUCACGCGCUCCCCAUGCCCCCCAUAGAGGCUCUGAGGGUGGUAAGGAGCGAGGGGGAGGUAGGGGUUGGGGUAGGUACAGGAGCGGGGGCGGUGUACCCCUGCGGUCACUGCAGGGUGUGGUUUCUGGACUACGUCAUGUUCACCAUCCACAUGGGCUGCCACGGCUUCCGUGACCCACUGGAGUGCAAUGUAUGUGGCCACCGCAGCCGGGACCGCUAUGAGUUCUCCUCACACAUUGUGCGCGGCGAGCACCGCCUGGAGUUGAAGUAGUAUAGACACAUUUGAACGUGAACACACACAUACACCCAUACAUGUAGUCAGACUCCUAAACGGAAUAAUGCAUACACAUCUAUACACUUACACACACGAAUUGUGUACAAACAUUACAUACACACAAAAAUGAUCUCAGGGACUUUCCUUUUUGUUUUUAAUUAGCACCAGUAUUACCACACACACACACACACACACACACACACACACACACACACACACACACACACACACACACACACACACACACACACACACACACACACACACACACACACACACACACACACACAAGGAAAUGUAGCAUUUCAGUAAUGUAGCAUUUAAAAUGUUUUGUAGAGGAUAAUCAUGCUUGACUCAAGUGCCAACAUUUAUUUAUGACAAAUAACAGUGUCAAAAGUAAAAGAAAUCAGGAUUAUCUGAAAGAUAAUCAUUUGAUCAAUAGUUAUUUUUCUAUCUAUGUUUUAUGUGGGACUACAUUUUAUUCUACUUCACUAAGCCGCGGAAUAACUUUUCUACAGAAAUAUGUGUGUUCUUCAUCUUAUCUUUGGUGACUAUUCAACAGAAGUGUCAAUAUAAAGGGGGUAAUCGGCAUUACCUUUGCCGUGCCUGCUGCUUUUAGGUUGGGAUAUACUACAGUGUGUCCAAAUAUCCUCUGUAUGUGCAGCAGUAGCAGUAGGACAUAUAGUACUGAGUACAUUUUACGUUCACUGUAAAGCUGACUGACAGACUCUGCUGUACAUUUUGUUUUCCUUGUAAACUACUGAGGUUCAAAAA